AUGACCAAUCCUGACGAGGACAACGAGGACCAUCGGCAGCUCGGUUCGGAAAGUGCAAAAUGUGGCACAACGUUCGGAAAACAUUUUAAUCUGCCAGCUUUAGAUUUGGAACUACUCUUGUUCACACUAACACCCACCAACACACACAUACACAUGCUCGUCGAGAAUUUGCUAGACUAUAUGAAAUCUAAAAGCAGCGGCAGCAGUAAAGGUCUUUCAUCGUCAAACAACGGACUGGUGCCACGGUUUAUCUCACGGGGGCACACGUACCGGGCGGUCGUCGGUGACACCCUGGUGCUACCCUGCGAGGUCGAAAAUCUAGGAACACUGGUGCUGCUGUGGCGGCGGGGUACCAACGUACUGACGGCCUCGCAGCUGAUGGUGACCCGCGACGAACGGAUACGACUGGUCAACGGGUACAAUCUGGAAAUCUCCGAACUGGAACCACAGGAUGCCGGCGAUUACGUGUGCCAGAUCAGCGACAAAAUCAACAAGGACCAGGUGCACACGGUUGAGAUUCUCGUUCCACCCAGUGUCCGAGCGAUACCGCCCAGUGGGCAGCUGACUGCCCGGAAAGGUGGUGCAGUGACACUCGAAUGCAAAGCUUCCGGUAAUCCGGUUCCCUCCAUCUACUGGACCAAGAGGAGUGGAGCGGGUAAAUCGGCUGCCAAAAUCGGAGAAGGACCCAUUCUGACCUUGGAACGCGUUGAGAGACAGCAGGCCGGUGUGUAUCAGUGCACGGCGGAUAACAAUGUCGGCGAACCGGUCACCGUGGACAUGCGACUAGAUGUGCUGUAUCCGCCCGACAUCAGCGUCGACAAGUCCUGGAUUCACUCCGGCGAAGGAUUCGAGGCGCAGCUCGAGUGCAUCGUUCAUGCCGAUCCGCAACCGACGGUUUCAUGGUAUCAAAACUCAUUUCCGAUUCAGCCGACCGACAGACGGACCAUGUCAUCGAGAGGAAAUCGACACACGCUCACCAUCCGACAUGUCCAACAGGAGGACUUUGGCAACUACAGCUGCGUCGCGGACAACACACUCGGACGAUCGAAAAAAUACAUGGAAGUUUCCGGUCGACCGGGUCCGGCCGAGUUCGUGUCACCGCCCUGGAGCCGUUCGCCCGAUAGCUACAAUCUGACCUGGAAGGUGGAAAGCUAUCCGCCCCUGCUCGAGGUUCGCCUGCUCUACCGGAAGCUGAUGAUGAACGAAACAUUCCAACAGCCGGGCCGAUGGCAUGAUGUCAUCUUGACCCCGUCUCCACGCCCAAUUUCGGAACCGUUAUCACACGUGAUGGCAUUCACUCUUCGUGGACUGCUGCCCAGUUCGGUGUAUGAAUCUAUCGUACAGGCCAAGAACCGUUACGGAUGGAACGAGGUCAGUGACAUCUUCCAGUUCUACACCCAACGAAUAUCGUCCGACGUACACUCGGAGGAGAUGCAGGUGGCCAGCUCAACCUCCCGGAGCAGUGCCAUCUCAAUGCACCGGAUCCGGUCGGCCACAGGCACCGGUUAUCUGAUGCUGGCGACCACCACCAUCUGCUGGCUGCUGGUGAGCUCCAAUCUACAACGAAACCUCUAAGAUUAAGCACUUAAAAGGAUAAACAGAUUUGACCAGAAGUGUAGGAAAACCCACCCCCUCAGACAUUGCAUUGCAUCGCUGUCUUUGUACAUUCAUAUUCCUGUAACUUCGGGUGAGCGUUUUAUUCUCAUUUCAGCCUGGUGUGAGCAUUCCCCGGAAAUGCAGAAAGCUUAUUUAUGAUCACCAAACGAAACUCUGUUUUUAGUGUAGUUUUUCUGCAACAACCUAUCUUUCGCAACUAUUUCUAUAGCUAUGAAGUAAAUAAACAGAAAAAAAAAGAAAAGGAAGAGUAAAGUAAGACUACAGUCCUGAUAGGGAAACAAGCAAAAAAAAAACGAAAAUAGUUGUUGUAACAAUUAGAUGAGAAAAAUGUCACCUAAUUACUAGAUUUCUGCGCGAUUGGCAACCGAUCACUUUAAAUAGCAAACCCUUAAUCGCCAAGCAAGUAGAAUGUUCGUAAAUUUCCGAUGGUUAUGUUAAAGUGAGCAAUAAAAUUCAUGCGAAUAAAAAUCGUGCAGGAGUCUAGCGAAGUACGAAAUCUCGUAACUGCAUAUUAAGAAAUACUUUUGUUCUAAGUUUAAUUUCGAACAGUAAGAACUAGUCUGGUAACUACCAGCGUAAAUUGGAGCCCCAUGCGUACGUCCCCCUAUCCCGAUAAGUGUUCCAAGUCAAGUCAAGUCAAGUCAAGUAUAACAACACAGUGAAGUUUUUUGCACCUGUCCCAUUCAUAACCACACAUAUAGGAUUCACAUGCGCCGACACACACGAAAACUGAAAACAAAAAUAAUGAAAUAUUGGUACUCGUACACCAACAAGUAUAUAAGCAAACAUGUAAACUUAGGAAGAAGAGAGAAAGAGAUCGCUAGCUCAUCUAGUCAAUGUCCGAAUCGUGCUAAACCAUCCUCCUUCAUCUGAUUUGAACCAACGUAGUUUUUUUUGAAACCACAGCAAACUUUUUCCGUGUAUAUUUUUGUAAGAAAAAAAAAGUUUCAUCUUGUCGUCGACUUCUCUGCGAUGGCGAUAGGAAAAAUAGCAAAUGCCAAAAAAAACUGAAUUCCUCCCCUUCAAUUCCGAUGUUUUCUUUUUUUUUUUUCGCCCCGAUGGUAUCACGACAAGAGUCCACGCCCAUGAUGGACGCUAGGUGACAGCGAAACAAAAAAAAUCUGUAUAUGUGUAAUUGUAAGUGAUCGACUGUAAGUACUUUAUUAUUUGUUGUUGAUGUUGUUGUUUCGUCCAAUUUCGUGGUAGAUUAGAGAGCAGUUAGCAAAGAUCUUCUAAUUAUGGUAGGAACGGAUCGGCAUUUCAUCCCUUCCGGAUAUGUUGAAUUGAAGACGGCAUCGAUGCUGUUGUUUGAACACGAGAAAAUUUGGACACAGUUAUUUUUUAUUCCCUUUAGCAGUAUUAGUAUUAUUUUUAUUUUGCUUGAAUAUUCUUCGGUGUUAUUAGCUUUCAUGAAAUUAUUCUAAUGACGUUUGACAAUUGAUUAAGAAUUGCAUGAGAUGUCAAGGUAAGUUCCACUUUAGAGGUUUUGGUCAUUAUUUACGGUACUUAAAAAUACCUUAAAUGUCAGUUAAAAAUUAGAAAACUAGCCGCGUUUGUUUUUUUUGUCAUAAUUUUGAACGCUAUAACUUAGUGAUGAAUUUAUAUAAUUUAACUACCAAUCGAUACUAUUGAACAAUUGAUUAGAAUCGACCUAUGUUUUCACUAACCAAUCACAGCAGUGCAAAUGAUGUCAUCCUAUUGAUUUUUCUAGACUACACCUAAAAUUUCAUACAGUAGCAGACUUGCUUCGUUCGGUACAGGGAGUAGUUAAAGUGUUCACUAUAAUCGGCAGCCAGCGAAGCAGGUAGCCUAUCGGUCGCCGGAUGCUUGCUUUUUGUGACGUGUGGAUGUCAUUUUCUUCCAUCUGCUGCCCACCGUGUUCGCUUGAGUAUAUUGAAUCUGUUGAUACUACGAGAAUUAGCAGGCCAAUUCAGAACUAUCCUGGGUAUUCUGGGCCCAACAUAACCCAAAGCAAAGCAAAGUCCUGGCAUUACAUUCCUUUUGUGGAAUUUGGUCUUUCUGUUUCAACAGACUUCGCAGCCGAUUCUUAGUGUACAGAAUCAUUGCAUGGCUAGUACUAUGGAUCCUACUGACACUAAGAAUCCUUCCAGGUCGGGGCUCGAACAUACAACAACUGGCUUGUAAGACCAGCGUCCUAUGCAUUGAACCGCCAACCCGGGACGCAACAUAACCCAAACGUUCCGUGAAUUAAUAUGACGAACAAGUUGGAAUAGAUUUUUUUGUAUCGUCAUCUUUCAUGACGGUUUAAAUUUUAAAAUCUCAUCACCCUCUAAUUCCAGAAUUGAAAUUCGGAAUCGGGUGAAAUUCAACAGUUUUGUAUGGGACCGUAAGUUUUUUAAUUAAAAUUUUGUCGUGAAUACGACUUACUUUACUAUGGGGCGCCUUUUCAAAAUUAGCCAUAAGGAAGAAUGGGCAGAACUUAAUCGUGAAUAUCUCGACUUGUAUUAAUGGCAGCAACAUAAAUCUUUCACUAUUUCAUCGAAAAUAUAAUCAGGAAUUUAGGAUAAUAUUUUGAACAGUGUGAGAUAACCACAAACAACUCAAAAAUACAGUUUUCUCAAAAUUAGAAAACAACGCGGAAAACUCUUUGCUUUCGCUUGGGUUUUUCGCACAAGGAUGACGAUUUUGAGGUAGUCAGGCACAUAUCUUUAACUGAACGUUAUAAAAGGGGAAAAUCGUCGAAAAUCGAUCAUUUCUUCUUGUGCGUUUAAUGGAAGCAGACGUCGGGGCGAGAAGACGCAUUCAAACAGCGGCAUCGGAGAGCGCACCUUCUGCUUGGUUAAAAACCUCAAACUCUCAGGUCGUAGCUCUCAUUUGCCUUUCGGUCGUCAAGGCGAGAAGACGCAUUAAACCAGUUUUGCAUCAUUUAGCACUGCGAGCGGAGGUCUUGCGGUUUGUACGCAAAGCUAGUUUCAACUCAAACAAGAGCGAUUGCAUCAUGCAACAGAGCUUUUGAUCAUUUGCAUUGUCGAUCCAUCCAAAACAAUUUGAUUUGCUUCGUGCACUUUUCGCUGUGCGAAGAUCGUAGAGAAUUCACAAUUUGGUCCUUCUAAAAGGUAGAAAUGAAUCCUGUACAGCAUCUUGAUAGAUUCUUUCAAUGAAAUAUGCAAAUCCGAAAUGAGAUAAUCGACGUCAAAAGUUUCACAAUUCACACAAUCGAUCAGCUAUCAAUUCGAAUUCGAUAGUAUAAAAAAAUCGUGUCAGUUUUAGUCGUAUUCACGACAUCCAGUUAUGUCUCUGACAUUGCACACCCGUACUUUCUACCAUUCCAACCACGAUGUAAAAUACAUUGGUGAUCACGUUUUUUGUGUAAGAAAUUCGUUUUGACCUUUUUUUGUUGGAGAAACGAUUGAUAUUUUCGGAACCGAAAUUUGUGUAGAUUUGUUUUGAAAAUCCUUGUAGUGAUCUUAGAGAAAUAUAAGUGCGUUUCAAAUAAAAAAAUUUGGGUUCGCAAACCGAAUACCGGUAAAACUAACGAAAUUUGGCCAUCGACUAAACUAAAAUCUGCAAACCCGAUUAAUUUAAGUGAAAUUGACAUUUUUUGCACUAAUUACUCCGUAUCUCCGGAACCGGAGGUCGAAUCUGAUUAAAGAAUAAGAAUAAGUGACAUUUUAAUUUCGCUACAUAUAUCCGGUAUUCCCGAAACCAUAUGUUGAUUCCAAAUGAAAUUCAGGAACCUUUCCAUAUGAGUUUAUAGAAAUCGGUUAAAUUCGAGAAAAUUGAGUGAAAUGAUUUGUCAUACAUACAUUCACUGAUCUCAACAAACUGAUUCGAACGGCGUAUGGGUGUAAGAAGUUAUGUUCUUCCAGCAAUUAUUGCAGUAAACAGUUUAAAACAUUAUAAAUACGAAAUCGUUUUGAAUUCGAAAUAAUUACAGGCUUGUGUACGAGAUACGACCGAUCAUAAUGACAUUAAACAUGCAAUUUUGAAACUCUCUCAACAGCUUUAAAUCUGAAAACCUGUUCUAAUCCACCUAGUGGUGUGAUGAUGUCUCUCACAUAUUACUCAUAACAUCCUGAAUAUUACUGUGGAAUUCGCAAAAACAACUGUCCAUUGAAUAGAAAUAGGAAAGUUUGUUGAGAUUUCAUCUUAACUUAACGGAAUGUAAGACUUUUCAUUUUGUGAAAAUAGAUUUGGACAUCUUGAAAAAAAGUUAUUCAGAUUCUUUUUUGCAGUUUUUAAUCACUAUUUCCAAUUAUUCCGAAACCGGAUUCAGAAUGACUGGAAUAGCCGAAGUUGGUUCGUUUGUCAGCAAAAAAAAUGACCUACAAAUUGGAACAGUUUUGAACCUAGUUAAACCUAGACUUACUAUCUCAUGCUCGGUUUGAAAAUUUUGUGACACUCAUCGCCCUGUAACUGCGGAACCGGAAGUCGGAUCCGGAUGAAAUUUCACAAUAGCUUCAAAGAUAAUAUGGACCUUAAUUCAAAUCAAGAUUUGUGAAAAUCGAUUCAAGCAUCUCUGAGCAAUCGAAGAGAGUUCUAUUUUUUGGGGUUUUUUUUCACUUUCGGUACUACCGGAACAGAAAGCGGGGGACCAGUGGUGCCGAAUUAAGUUUUUAGGCUCACAAACUAACAAACUCUGCAAACAAGAAGAAUUGACCAAACAGUUUUAUGGGAUUUAUACCUGGUUUUGACCAUCGUUCGUGAAAAAAUACUCAUGAAAUUGGUAAUUUUCCACUUAUGACGCUUUAGUUCCGGAACCCAAAGUCAGAUCUACAUAAAAUAUUCUAGAAAUUCUUAGGAUAUUAUAAGACCUUUUAUUUGAAUCUUAGAUCUUGAAAAUUGGUUAAGCCGCUUCCGACAAAAAAUAAGUGCACAUUUUUUCUUUAAUUAUCACAUAGUACCAUAAAACUCCGGAACCGGAAGUCGGAUUUCAAUGCAAUUCAAUAGCAGGCUAUGGGACCAUAAGACCUAAGUUUGUGAAAAUCAGUUCGACCCUCUCUGAAAAAAGUGAGUGCAUAUUUAGUUGAUCCUGUAAAAUUAACAGAUUCAACAUACUCAAGUGAACGCGGUGUGCAGUAAUUGGAAGAAAAUGACACACCACACCGAUAAACUACCUGUUUCAUUGACUGGCUGCCGAUUAAAGUUAAAAUUGUAAGAUGGCAUAUAUUUAUAGAUUCUCUUUUGUGCGAACGUUCAUGCGAUACUUUUUCUUGCAUGACGUAACUACUCCCUAUACCGGACGUAGAAGAUCUGCUACUAUAUGAAACUCUAGGUGCAGACCAACGAUCGAAUCCAUUGGCCGUGCACGAAAAAUCAAUAGGAUGACAUCAUUUACCCUUGCUGUGAUUGGUUAGUGAAAACAUAGGUCGAUUCUAACCAAUUUUUGCAACAGUAUCGAUUGUUAGUUAAAUUAUACAAAUCCAUCCACAGAUCACCGAAUUGUUAGCGUCCAAAAUUAUGACAAAAACUCUAACGCGGCUUGUUUUAUAAUUUUUUUUAUUGACACCCGGCCACGUACAGUGAAGAGUAAGGUAUUUUCAAUGCCAAAACUGCCUUCUUCCUAAUACAUAUGUCAUACUCGAACGGUUAUGCUGCCAAACACGAACCGUGCUAAAAUCGAAACGAGGUAAAAUGUCAUGAAAAAUAAUGCUGUAAACAUGGAUAAAAACGAAAAGUGGACAACAGUGGUCUUCUAAUCGCUCCAAAUGCUAUCUAAAGUACUAUCAAGACUGCUUCCUUGCAAGUCGAUGAUCUAAUGAUGAGCUAAUGAUUUUAGCUUAGUGCAAAGCUAGAAUAAUUUGAUUAGCUUUGUGCACUUUUCGCAAUGCAAAAUUCGCACCAAACGGGAGCUAAUAAAGCCAACAUUUGACAGCUUCGCGUUUGGAAAAAAAUUACUCCGGACAGUGUUUUCUAUUAAGAGAAUUCUGAAUGCAAAUCUGACAUCAAAAUCUAUAUUAUAAAAAUACGAUUAUUAACCAAGGAUGCCAGUUCAAAUUUUCUAAUGUAACACAUGGGCUGAAAAGUCCCGAGCCUAUCAAAGAGAACACGAUUUUUUGGUUCAAAAUUAACCGUCAACGUAAUCUCCAUCAAGAGCAGCGCCAUCAUUCCAGCGCCACUUUAACAUUCCAAUACCACUUUUGUAGAACGAUUUAUCUGUUGCCUCAAAUUAGACCUCAGUUUCAGCGAUAAACUUUAUCUGGCGAUCAUUUUUUCAGGUCUGUGAUCAGCCAGUAGUCGCUGGGAGCCAAAUCUCGCGAAUACGGUUGAUGUGGGAGCAAUUCAAAGUUCAAUUUAUGUAGUUUUGCCAUUGUUUUGAUUGACUUGUGACACGGUGGGUUGUCGUGAUGAAACAAAUUUUUUUUCUCUCCCAUAUGCGGUCGUUUCUUUGCAACUUCAGCCUUCAAACGCUUCAAUAACGCUGUAUAGUAUUCACGGUUAAUGGUAUUUCCUUUCUCAAGAUUGUCGAUAAAUAUUACACCACGCACAUCCCAAAAUACCGAGACCAUAACCUUUCCAACCGAUUGUUGUUCUUUCGGGCGCUUUUGACGAGGUUCACCAGUUGAUGUCCAUUCAGAUAACGAUCAUUUUGAUUCCGGAGUGAAGCGAUGAAGCCAUGAUUCAGCCAUUGUCACAUAUCGACGCAAAAAAAUCCGGUUUGUUUCGUUUAAACCUGGCCAGACAUUGCUCAGAAUCAUCAACAUGUUCUCGAUUUUGGUCAGUGAGCAAACUCGGUACCCACUUUGUACAGAGCAUUAAAUACACUUAAAUACACCACAUCAAAAUGCAAAAUCAUGAAAUUGUCUUUCGAAUUUCAAAUUAGUUUUUGUGUCCAGAUUUUUUCGUUCUCAGACGGCGUUAAAUGACGAGAAAUAAUUUCAAUUUUUUUACUGUUCGAAGCCGAAGGUAUUCUGAAGGGAAAGAUGCAAUCCGAUCCUAGCUGGGUAAAUAAGAAUAAUUUUCUUCUUUCAUUAUUAUAGCUUUUUUCAAUAACUAUCCCAAAAUAUCUCAUCAACAACUGGGAGUUCCGACCGUCAUAUUUAAUAGGAAAAAUUAGGCUGCAGAAGUUAAUUCAAAUACUAUUUCUAGAAGUCAGUGGUCAGUCUGUUCAGCCAAUUGCAGUUUUUUUUCUUCAUUGAUUCAUAAAUAUUCCACAUUUGCCCUGUUUGCAAAACGAAUAUCCUGGUUCAAUCGGUCUAGAUAGGAACACCGGAACCGCACUCCCAGUUGUCCCAGCCAUUUCCCAUUAUCGUUCCAUUUCCCGAAACACCUGAACCGGUUGCCGUUCCAGCGUUCAAACGAUGGAGCCCCAACCGGUAUGAAAAAAAAACCGGAAAAAAGUGUACAUUUUAAAACGCAUGCGACCGAUCGAAGUCAAAAAGUGUGAUCUUGUUUGUUUUGUAAAUAAUUUACUACGUAGAAGUCUACCCUAGUUAUAGCUAGUCGCUAAGAUCUCUGUGGUACUGUGGUAACGUUUAGAGGAUAAGAAUUUAAAGCAGAAAAAAAACAAAAUCGAAAGAUUAAAUCUCAAACUAACGGCAUAAGUGGAAAACGUUGGUCUCUAUUAUUCUGUAGCAAACAACCCAACCAGCGAAUGCAAGAAUGGCCAAUGUUGAACAUAAAAAAAUAACCGGAACUAAGACUUUUUAUAUGGAUGUACCUAUAGAGAAACAAAACAAAAAAAAAACAACCAAAACCAUGCGGCAGAUGAAAAAAUGCCGACAUUUGAAAAGCGGACGAACCCGCAGUUAUGACAUGGAAAAAGGGGCGGGAAGCGAUUCGCCUUGAACCAUCCCGAACCCCGACCAGUACUUAGUUAUCGAAAAUAUUUAAAGUAAAAGUAUUGACUAGCUAUUAACCAUAAGAUGAUGAAAACAAACAUGUUUAGCUAAUAAGAUAAUGACAGAACAGAAUGGAACAGAACAGAACAGAAGAAAUCAGAUUAAUGCCAGUAGAUCGGCCGGAGUGGAGGAGCGUACAUGCCAAAAGAGAAAAAAAAAACAGAAGUAAAUAUUUCCAUCGAUGAGAAAUCGGGAAGUAAACCGAAAAAAUUGUAUUGGUUAUUGGUGAUAAAUAAAAUUUCAAAAUGAAUAUUAAACCAUCA